AUGCCGUUAAUGCCCGAAAAUAGAAAAGGCAAUUUUACUUCUCGUCAAAAAAAAAGAAGGGACUUUAAUGUGAAGUUUACGAGACAUCCGACAGCGUUCUUACAAGACCGAAGAAUGUUGCCAGGUCAUCAAGCAAUACAGAAUAAAGGCAGAAAAUCAGCACCUUUUAAGAAUCCGUAUAAUAAAAAUUGGGGAAUACUGUCUACUUUGAGACGAGCGAAGGAAAGUAAAGAAAAUCUCCCAUGGGCGCGCAGAUCUUUCAAGCACUACCGGAGGGAGUUUUCUUCAGAAUCGAUUAGAGAUACGAGUAGUACUGCGGAGCUGGCAGAAUGGAAAAAGGGGUUUGAUAUUGAUCGGUUAAAAUUAAAAAAAGACGCGAUUAUUGAACAAUUAAAUACCGGUGCGCAUCCCGAUAAAGUACAUAUGAUGGCUGCAAGACCAUGGAGUGCUCCUUGUGGUGAUCCUCAUCAGCACGAUUGGGCGUGGGGCAGCUGUACACUUGCAGCCCAAUGUGAUGGAGAGUACCGCAUAUAUCGGGGUGAUUUAUACUGUGGAAGGUCAGCCCUUGUUUGCUGCUCCGUUCUAUACACCACGCAUGACCUGUACCAAGGGUUGGAUAUUUCGUUUACAGACACUGAAACCGAUUCAUCUGGUGAGAAAAGAAAAAUUGACCUCGGUUCAGUUCGCCUAAAACGCAAAAAGAAGCACGAUGAUAGAAUUAGACGUAAGAGGAGACGGAAAAGGGCUAAAUGGCUGAUAAAGAAAAAGAUAAGGAAAGUGGUGCACCAUCUCAGAAAAAUUUUAAAUAGGGCUUUCAGAAAUGUAACCUCAGAUCGUAAGAGAAAAAUGGAGGCACUAAUAAAACUAAUAAAACAUUUGAGAAACAAAUUUCAUGACGAACGUCGUAUAGCCAUAAAGAAAGUCCAUGGUGAUAUAGAAGAUGUUCAUGGGGAUCUAACCAAAACAUUAAUCCAACUUGACUCUGUAAAUGCGCAUUUUUUGAUUAAUGAAACUUUUAGGGAGUUUCUUAGAAGAUAUAACAUCAGUAGCAAAGAAUUAAGAUCACUAGAUUCGGUGAAUCCGAAGUUGUUAGAAUACUUUACAACUAGGACAGGAAAGAUAUCUGAUGGCAUAUUACGGCUCUUGGCAGCAACGAGAAGAAACGUAACAGUAGAUUUGCAAAACGAAACCAAACCGUUAAGAUACCCACUACAGCAAAAUGUCGUAAGGAAAUUAAAUGACAAUCGGAAAGAAUUGCAUUAUUUAGUAAACGCCAAUAGUGCAUCUGAUGUAUUGUUGCAGAAUCCUAAUUUGAACGUCCUACCAAGAGCAUCUUUGAAAUAUGAGAUUAAUCCGUCUUGGAGGAUAGAUGUUACCGAAAGCUCAUCACCGAUUCAAACAUCAACAAGCUCAGGUGAAAUGUCUGCAGAUGUGCAAAGUUACAGAGAAAUAGAUAAAAAUAUAUCUGAAGCGGUUAUGGAUACGAGACGUGCUGGUACAAGCUUUAUCUUCGAACGAAAAAAACGUAAAAAGAAACCGAAAAGAAAAGAUUACCUUGAAUAUGACAUAGAAUAUGGAGCACUUUAUAUGUGA